AAACAACAAAUAUCACGACCUCUUCAUCUGCCUACCCUAUAACCACCGACGACAUUUCAUAUUGAUCACCGAACCUAGAACACAACCCUACAAUCAGUACCUAAACAGCGACACCAUCACAAUGUCAAACCGCGAAGAACCACCACCCUCGUACGAGCAAGCCAUGGCAAGUUCAGGCCAGCGCGAUACUCGUCCAGGCACGAGCGGCGGCACCUCAUCACGACCGGGAACGAGCAGCGGCGGCCAACAAACCCACCCCCACACCGACAACCUCCUCCACGUUCCCGGCGACGACCACCACGGGCACGGACACGACGGUAUCCCAACCCCAACUCGCCUUAGCAUGGAAGACGAGCUCCGCCCACUCCCUCCAGGCUGGGUACGCACCUACGACCCCGAAACCAACCACCAGUUCUUCGUCGACACCCAAGCCGACCCCAUCCGCUCCAUCUGGCACCACCCCUACGACGACGAGCCCUUUCUCAACUCUUUGCCCCCAGCCGAGCGCGAGCGUAUCGAGCAGUUGAAACAUCAGAACCCUACAGACAGCCAUUCCCGUCCUACCUCAUCAAGACCCUCCCGAUCUCACAGCCCACAACCCCCCCGCUCUCCGAGACGAGCAGACGCGCAGCAACAUGAAGAGGAGGAACAGGGGAAAUCCCUAGGCCGUAAACUCAAAGACGCACUCACAGGCACCACCCACUCCGAGCGGGUAGAAGCCCGCGCCGCCCGCGACCGAGCCGAGCGCGAAGCUCUCAGACAACACCUCCUCGUGCGUCGGGCCAUGGCGAAAGCGAUGGAGACCUCGCGCCCCCAGCUUCUAGGGAAAGACGACAAUGGCGUGGACUUGUACCUCGAACCGCCCGGGCAGAUGUAUCCCGGCGUGGUGGCUGUUAAGCCUCUGACGCCGUGGUUGUCGGAGGUGUUUUAUGAGAGGGAUGGAAGACAUGGGAAUGCGAGACACCCGGGACCACCGGGACGGUAUUUGAGGCCGGAGGGGAGUAUGUAUGGGUUUGGAUCUGGAUAUGGUGCUCGUGGUGGGUAUCCGGGGUAUGUCGGUGCUAGACCGGUAGGAGGGGGGACGUACGUGAGACCGGUGGGGCCGUAUGCGAGGCCGAUGAGGCCGGUUGGGUAUGGAGGGGGAUUGGGGUUGCCGUUGAUGGCGCCGAUGUUGGGGGGUGUCAUGUUGGGAAGUUUGAUGUUUUAGGGAGUGAAGGGAGGGAGUUUGGUGGGGAAGAAGGCGGACCUUGGAGGUGGUCUGUCCAUGUUGGUGUCCAGACUGGGCGUAAGAUUAUCAUGAUGGGAUUAUGGAAUUCGGAUUUGUAAAAGGUUUUGAGUAUUGAUACCAGAGCACGUUGUAAGUUCCUUUCACUCCUUAGUCACUUGCUGCAGUUGUGGAAGAUCUUAUGGUUGAUGUCCAUGAAGGAGAAAUGUUAUUCCACUAUUGUUUUCACCGCACCUGUACAUUUCAACAUGUUAAGGCUACAUCUAAGUUCUUUCUCCACCUAAUGCACCCAAUAUCAUACUGACACUUUCUUAUGGCGCCCAAACCCUUUUUACCUCCAUCACAUACCGCCAUGUGUACUUCCAGUGCCAGAACUCAGCCUUGAAAAUCGCCCGACUUGGGUGUUGGGAGGAGCAAAGCAGAACGCAAAUGAGUUAAGAGGAUACACAACCUCAGUCACUAUCAGCAAGUGCGGCUAAGUAGUCCGAUUUGGUCUGUUCAGCAGUCAACGUCUGCCAGGAAGUUGAAACUUUGCACGUGGUGUUUUUCAACGGAAGUCUGAAAUCCAUCUGCCGCUCCACCACUAUUUUCCGAAGGCACUGAGCUGAUACCCCACUAACACCACAGCACCAGCUUAGUGCGUGCCAAAGAUAAAGUCGUAUCUUAUUGAUCUUCCUGUCAUGCUCGAGCCUGUUGCAAUUCACGCUUCCACCAAGUUGCAUUCGGGAAUUUUCAGUGCUCCGACAGGAAAUCCUGGACGAGGAUAAAGA